AUGCCUGACUUUCAGCUGGUAGCGGAUUUCGGCGUGAUGGGCGACCAGGAGCAGGCGGUGCAAAAGCUGUCUGCCGGCGUUCGCGAGGGCCUGGAUCACCAGACGCUGCUGGGCGUCACCGGCAGUGGCAAGACCUUCACCAUGGCGAACAUCGUGCAGGAGGUCCAGAAGCCCACCAUCGUCAUCGCGCACAAUAAGACGCUGGCGGCCCAGUUGGCGACGGAGUUCAAGGAAUUCUUCCCGCACAACGCCGUGGAAUACUUCGUCUCCUACUACGAUUACUACCAGCCGGAAGCGUACAUACCGCGCACCGACACCUACAUCGAGAAGGACAGCAGCGUCAACGAAGAGCUGGACAAGCUCCGGCUCGCGUCCACAACCUCGUUGCUGACGCGCCGGGAUACCCUGAUCGUGGCCUCGGUGUCGUGCAUCUACGGUCUGGGCGAUCCGUCGGACUAUUUCGAAAUGGUCGCGCACGUUGCAGUGGGCGAGGAAUACAACCGGCGGGCGCUGCUGCGUCAGUUGAUCGACAUGCAGUACGAGCGCAACGACACCGACCUGGCGCGCGGCCGGUUCACCGUGCGCGGGGACACGCUGGAGAUCGUCCCGGCCUACGAGGAAUUCGCGGUCCGAAUCCAGUUCUUCGGCGACGAGAUCGAGCGUAUCCUGACGCUGGACACGCUGACCGGCGAGGUGCUCAACGAGCGCAGCGAGUUUUCCGUAUACCCGGCCAAGCACUUCGUGACCAGCCGGGAGAAGCUGGACGCCGCGCUCAUCGACAUUGAUGCCGAGAUGAAAGAGCGGGUCGACUGGCUCCGGCAGCAGGGCAAGUUGCUGGAGGCGCAACGCCUGGAGCAGCGCACCCGGUACGACAUGGAGAUGCUGAACGAAACGGGCUUCUGCGCCGGCGUCGAGAACUACGCGCGUCACCUGUCCCGCCGCGAGGCCGGCAGCCCCCCGUGGACCCUGUUGGACUACUUCCCCGACGAUUUCCUGAUGUUCGUCGACGAGUCCCACAUGACGCUGCCGCAAGUGCGCGGGAUGUACAACGGGGACAUCUCCCGCAAGACCACGCUGGUGGAGUUCGGGUUCCGCCUGCCGUCGGCGCUGGACAACCGGCCACUGCAUUUCAAGGAGUUCGAGGACCACAUCAACCAGGUGGUGUACGUCUCCGCGACCCCGGGCCCGCUGGAGCUGGAGCGCACCAGCGCCAUCGUGGAGCAGGUUAUCCGCCCCACGGCACUGCUGGACCCGACCAUAGAGGUCAAGCCCACCGACGGGCAGAUCGACGACCUGCUGCACGAAAUUCGCCAGCGGGUGGAAAGCCAGGAGCGCGUGCUGGUGACCACGCUGACCAAGCGCAUGGCCGAGGAACUGGCCGACUACCUGUCGGAGGCCGGCAUCCGCAACCACUACCUGCACUCGGAUAUCCAAACCUUGAACCGGGUGGAGAUACUGCGCGAUUUACGUCUGGGCAUCUACGACGUCAUCGUGGGCAUCAACCUCCUGCGGGAGGGCCUCGACCUGCCGGAAGUGAGCCUGGUGGCGAUCCUGGACGCCGACAAGGAAGGGUACCUGCGGUCAACCACUUCGUUGAUCCAGACCGUCGGUCGCGCCGCCCGACACGCUUCCGGGCACGUCAUCAUGUACGCCGACCGGGUGACCGACUCGAUGCAGAGAGCCAUCGACGAGACCUACCGGCGCCGUGCGAUCCAGGGUGCGCACAACGAGCGCCACGGCAUCGAGCCGCAGUCGAUCCACAAGGCCGUCCGGGACAUCACCGAGGGCCUGCGCGGAGUCGCCGAGACCAAGGCCUCCUACCAGGUGGCCCGGGAGGAGAUGUCGCACGACGACAUGUACCGGGUGAUCAAGGACCUGGAGUUCCAGAUGAAAACGGCCGCCCGUUCCCUGGAGUUCGAGAAGGCGGCGCACCUGCGCGACGAGAUGCUGGAGUUGAAGAAGAUCAUCCUCACCGAGGAGAAGAUGCUGGCAAUCGGGUAG